UUCUGGUUAAUAUUCUGAUUUUUUAUUCUGACAUUCUGAUUUUUAUUCUGAUUUUCCCCCCUUUUUCAUGUCUUCAACCACAUGCUAAUUCAAUUCUCCCUUGGUAUUAUGGGCCUCUUUAUCUGCUUGGGCUAUGCAUUUCGACUCCUCUCACAUCUAGAUGAACGUCGUUGUAUUACAUUUGCAUUAUCCGUAAUGCUCACAUUUUUCCUUUUAACGUAUCCAUGGCCUUUUCUAACUUCUCAAAUGCCUCUUCCAACAUUUGCGAAUGAAACUUUGGCAAAUUCUACAGUAGUACAGACUGUUUUAACGCAAGGAUGUUCUCCUCAAAAAUAUGACUGGUGUUUAACUACGCCGGCUAUCAACGUCUACGUUUACCAUGCAGCUUUAGUCUUUACAAUGGGGUUUGUUAUGCCUGUGGGCAACAUAAAUUUGGAUGUUCUUUAUUCUCGACUUUUGGGCCCAAUAAAACAGGGAACAAUGCAAGGAGUUUUUGUUGCUGUAAGCGAUAUGGUUGGAUUUGCUGGGCCUGUUAUUGUGACGAGCGUUUAUCAAUGGGGAGGUCCAAAACCUGUAUGGGCUGCAAUCAUUGCCCUUAUUGGAUCAGGUAUUGCUUUCUGGGUUUAUUGUUAUCAUCGUCUGGUGCCAAAAUACAGAACAGUUCAGGCUAUUGAUAAAGAUAAAAAGAAACACUUAUCUUAAA